CUUAAAACAAAUUUUAAGGAUGAAAAGUAUUGCAAACCGUUAUUAGUUUAGAUGGCACUGGCAAGCUUGUGCUUCAAAGCCGAUUUUUGUAAACAUGUCUUGAGUUUUAUUUAUUUUCUGUUGUAUUUAUAAUUGAUUAUAAAACCAUGGCCAUCUCAGUAAUUCAUACCUAUCCAAUUAGUUUUAAAUAUUUUCAUGACUGUUUAAUUAUAACUCAUUCUCUACAUUAUAUAUGUUAUUUUAUUUAGCAUUGUUAUCUGUUUAUGCUUAAAGUUUUGUGUUAGCAUAAUGAAAGGGUUUUCUUAUGAGAAGAGAUACCUCAAAAGACCAAAACUAGGACCUCCAGAUGUAUACCCUCAGGAGCCUAAACAGAAAGAAGAUGAGCUAACAAUAAACAAUGUUAAACAUGGAUUUGCUGCUUAUCCUCAACUCUCUGAUGAAUUUGGAACUGCUCGAAAUUGUAAUGUCACUGCUUCAAAGAUUGGUGCUUACUUCAAUGCCAUUAUUGGUAAAAAAGAUGAAAUCAACACUCUUCCUGAUUCAGGAAGAAAGAGACCACAAAUUAAUCAUAAAGAUAAUUUUUGGCCUGCUACUGCUCGCACUAAACCAGCUGUGGAAGCUUGGUUUAAAGAUCUUGCUGGUAGCAAAACUUUACUUGCUUUGUCAAAGAAGGUUCCAAAUUUCAAUAAGAAAGAAGAAAUUUUUCCUUUGUUAUGUGAAUUUCAAGUCCCAAUGUUAAGAGCUGCAUGGUUCAUUAAGUUAAGUUCAGCAUAUACUGUUGCUGUGACUGAAGCAAAAUUGAAAAAAAGACAGCUUCCAGACCCAACUCAGGAGUGGACUGGUACAUUAUUAAAGUUUUUAAAAGAGCAACUCAUGAAACUGCAGGACUUUUAUCAGUCAACUACCCAGACUGUAAUGUCUGAUGAACAAAAACUAGCUUUAAAACUAUGGCAUUAUAAUGUUCAACUUACAAGAUAUCUUUAUCAGGAAGGACUUAUUGAUCGACAAGAACUUCUAGUGUGGAUUCUUGAUUUGGUGGAAAGAUACAAGAACUGGGCUCCAGCUGACGAUGGUCCACUUCGCCUCAUUUUACCAGUGGUUUUACAGUAUUUAGAAGAAUUUACCCAAAAUGAACUUAUGGCUAGAAAAUUAGCAUACUUCUGCUCUCUUAGGCUUUCUCAACUAUGUACCAACCAGAGUGGUGGUGGUGUGUCACCUAACAGUCCUAAUCACAGUCUGUUGGGAUCAAUGCAAAACAAUAACAAUAGCAAUAACCAAGCAGCAAUUACCUUUAACGAGUAUCUCAACUGUCCUCAUCAUAAAGAUGUUGUUUUAGCUCUCAGUGUUGUUAUACAGGUUAUCACUCUGGAAUGCCCAACAGCUCUCGUUUGGAACAGUAUAUGUGAAGGAAAAUCAGCUUGUAUAUUAAAUGGAUCACCAUUAGACCAACUUCCAUGCUCCCCAACUCAAUUGCCUAUGCCUCAUAGGAAUGCCAAUACACAAAUAAGAAAUCAGUUACGGUUGUCCGAAGAAAUAAUAAAGCAGAGAAGCCAUGCUGCUGAAAACAAAUGGUCUUGUGACAAAUGGCAAACUUCUUGUGCAGGUAUAACACAUCACAGGGUUCUGGCUGCUUUAGAUGCUUUAGAUCGUCAUUCCUUUUACAAAGUAGAUACCAACAACUCACUUGACACGCUCUAUGCUAAAAUAUUUCCCAAUUCACCUGAUAAAACUCAAUAUAGUGCUGAAAAAGACGAGCCUAUUGUGAAUCUCCUUUGUUGGUGGGCAGUGAGCGGUGUCCGGUACGGUGAACACAGAGCAAUGGCUGUGGCUAAAUUACUUGAGAGGAGGAAUGCCCACGCGUUAGCUGGAGGCAAUGACAACAAUGACACUGAAGAUAAAGAUUCCUCUUCCUCCCUCCCUGCUGCGUUGCCUGUUUUUCAGCCAUUACUCAUGAAGUUUCUUGAUCAUGAUGCUCCUGUUCUUGAUGACAGUAGCCAUUCCUCAUCAAAUAGAACAAUGUUUACCAACCUGGUUCAUUUAUUCUCGGAGCUGGUUCGUCAUGAUGUAUUCUCCCAUGAUGCAUAUAUGUGUACACUUAUAUCUAGGGGCGAUUUAUUACAAGUCAACACUACAGCAGGCAACACUAAUCCUGGUAGUACCAGGCCUAAUAGCAACAAACCUUUAGAUACACCAACUACUCAGAUUCAUUUAGACUCCGAUCCAACAGCUCUUUUUGACAUCAAACCUAAUAAGAUCCAGGAACAUGGGAGACCGAUGGAGUAUGAUGAUAGUAAAGCUAUAGAUGAUGAUUUGGGAAAGAUACUAUUGUCGAUUAAUCAACAAAACUCAAUGGAUGAUCCAGUAUCUCCAAAAGAUGUUGGAAGUGCCCUUGUUGGUGGAGGAAUGGAUCAUGAUGGUGCAGAAGCACCUGACGGGCCUGCGAGAGCUAAACCUACACGGCAUCUUCUCUAUUCAACGCAUUUUCCUCUACCUCAGGAUGAAAGCUGCUCCCAUGAAUGUAACCAGCGACACGUCUUGUUGUAUGGUGUUGGAAGAGUGAGAGAUGAAGCUCGCCACUUGGUUAAAAGAACUGCUAAAGAUAUAUGCAAAUUGUUUUCAAAAAAAUUCAGUAUUGAUGUUAGUGAAGGUGGAAAAGUGAAAAAACAUUCUAGAAAUGAGUUCAGUUUUGAAGCGACUACUGCUAGAGUCCAAGCUCUGUCAUAUUUUGACCAGCAUGUUGUUACGUGGCAGUGUGCUAUGACUGUCUUGGAGAUGAUUAGUUCUUUUGCUUCAGGUAACACUAACUAUUUGCCUGUUCAGGAACAUGUUGCAUUUUUGUUCGACCUUAUGGAAUUAGCUCUGAACAUAUAUGGUCUCAUUGAUGUUUGUAUACAGAUAUUGAAGGAGAUUCCUGAAGUUGAGGCUCAACUAGCUGCAAAAAGUUCUAAUCAUGUGAGAUCUUAUACUACCGGACUUGUAUUAUAUAUAGUUGGUGUGUUAAGAAGAUAUCACUGUUGUCUUUUGUUAUCUGGAGAGCAGACAGUUGCAGUGUUUGAAGGACUCUGUAGGGUUGUGAAGCACAUUUCUAACCCUAGUGACUGCAGCUCUGCUGAAAGGUGUGUCCUGUCCCAUCUGUACGAUCUGUAUUCAAGUUGCAGCCUCCUCAAGACGAGGCCACAUGGAGCUGAACCCUUUUCUAACGCUUAUCCAAAAAUAAUGAAUGCUCUGUAUUCUCCUCUGACUCCGAGUCAAUCUGGAGGGGCUGCCGGUCCAUUUAUGGCAGAUGUUAUUAAGAGUGUUCGUAGAAAUAUGAAGGUUGAACUCGCUUGGGUGAGGCAACUCAAUGAUAGUUCCGACAAUAGGUAUUCAUUUGUUUGCAACGCUAUCAUUGCAGUUUGUUCAACUGCCGACAUUGAUAGGCUGAACGAUUUGGGUCAUCUUUGUGCUGAGCUGACUGCAUCUUGUAACACAUUAUCUUCUGAAUGGCUUGGUGUGCUGAUGGCACUUUGCUACGCCUCUAGUAGCCCGUCUUACCUAGAUGUAUUGAGCCAAGUAGAUAUCCAUGACUUGAGCAUUCACAAUUCACUAGCCGUGUUUACUUGUAUAUUGGUUGCUAGGCACUGCUUUUCAUUGGCUGACUUUGUUAGACAUGUUGCGAUUCCAUCUCUUCUAAAGGUGUAUAAUGAAGGCCGCAGUGAUAUUGAUGUGGAUGCUGAAGCUGGUGCGAGAUUAACAUGUCAUCUACUUUUGCGUCUUUUCAAAACUAGUGAAGUUCCUCAGCCUGCCAUGUAUUCAGUUGGUACAUCCCCUCACCCUUUGCCGAUGGGAUCAGGAGCAUCAAGUAUGCGUCUCAGUUGUGAUAGACACCUCUUAGCAGCUGCUCAUAACAAUAUAAUGGUUGCGCCUGUUUUAGCUGUGUUGAAGGCUAUACUAGUAGUUGGCGAUGCUAUGGUUGGACGUGGCAGUAGGACGAAAGUAAAAUCUCAUAAAAUGACUCCUCCCAGUGGACAGCCUGAACUUAGUAUAUCUCAUAUCUUAGGAACUUCUGAUAUCCUUGCUGCCUCGAGGGACGAUCUUUUGAUGGAACUAAGUGCUGGUAGUAUGACUCCAAGCGGAGGGCUAUCUGAAUUGGCACAAGUUGUGUUGAAAGAGAUGUGCAGUGAGGAAUGGAUACUUGAAAGGUGCCUUCAGAGGCCAGAGGAGCUUUGUACUCAAGAUUUAAUGCUCGACAGCAUGUUGACUGCCAAGCAGGCUCAAAGAUUGUUACAUAUGAUCUGCUACCCUGAUCGCCCAGUUAUUUCGGAUGCCAACUUGGACCAGAAAACCAUGAUAACUAAUAUUUUGGAGAACCUGGAACUGUGGACCCUCCGUGUUUCGUGGCUGGACAUGCAGCUAAUGUUGAAACAAUUUCCGCCUGGUGCCCCAGAACUUAAUCAAUGGUUAGAUACCGUUGCGAAGGCUGCAAUAAAUCUGUUUAAUCUUAGCUCUCCUGGAAAAGAGGAAGUCAGUAAAAGUAAGUCACAGUCAAUGUGGCUUGUUGCUCCAUUAGUUGCUAAACUUCCUAGCCCUGUUCAAGCCAGAGUUCUAAAAGUCGCGGGUCAGGUAUUGGAAUCAUCUAAUUGGUUCACAAGUAGCCGUAACAAAGGAAACGCCAGGGCUGGACCACAGGUCGGUCAUCAUCAGCCCUUUCUUGCUCUUGUUCUUACGUGCCUCAAAGGGCAGGAGGAUCAGAGGGAAAGUCUCCUUAUGUCACUUAACAGCCAGCUCACACAGUGCCUUCAAGUUGCAAAGGAGGACCGUAAUUAUGCAUAUGACACGGAAAAAAGUAGAUCCAUGAUGCAAGAUGCCCUUCUUCUAAGAUUCUCUUUGGUUGGUGGAAUGUUUGAUACAAUACAGAGAAAUACAACUCUCACAACUGAUUGGGCGAUUCUCCUAGUGCAACUUGUCAUUUACGGUGUCAUUGAUUUAAAUAAUAACUCAGAGUUAUUCAAUACAGUCAUUGACAUGCUUGCAACUCUUAUUCAUUCGACACUUGUGUCAGAUUCUCAAUCUGACAAGUGUGAAGAGAAUAAAAAGCAUUACCAGAAUCUCAUGAAAAAACUUAAAAAGGUUUUGCUUGAAGUUGGUGAAAAGAAUUCACCCUCGAUACAGUACGUUAGGCAGUUAAUACCACCGCCUAAAAAACAGUUCGAAGUUAUAGCCUGUGGGCACAUGGGUCUUUUAACUGACAUGAAAGGCAAUAAAAUAGCCUUCGAUUCUGUCGACAAACAUGGCCUCCAUGUGACUGAAAAACAGCGUAUGUCUCCGUGGGAUGUGCUGGAAGGACAGAAGGCUCCAGCCCCUCUCUCCUGGUCUUGGUUUGGUGCUGUGCGGGUUGAGAGGCGUAUAUUACCCUUUGAAGACACACACCGUCUUCUUCAUUGUCAUACUCAUUCUCUUGUCAAGGAUUCAUCGUACUAUCUGGAUCCUCUUCCACUUCCACCAGAAGACAUUGAUCCACCAAAACCUAUGAAAGGUGGCCUUCAUGCGGAGAGCACACCACCGUCGGUAGAGAGCCCCAGAGGUGGCAAGCGACCCCUUGGAAAACAAGUCGUCGCAGCGAGGAGAAGGAAGCAACAACAGAAGCCCGGGACCCCUGUUAUGCCUCACAUGCAGAUGCAAGGGGGCCCUGCCACUGGACAGAUGGUUGGAAACUACCAGACCCAAGGGCAGGCAGGGAUGUUCCCCAGCGGACCACAGCAAUGGCCUCCCUAUCAGCAGCACCCGCAGCAGGUUUACUAUCAGCAGCAACCCCAAAUGCAACAGAGUACAAAUCCACGUGUCAAUCAAGUUGGGACCAAGCAGGCUCUUUCAAACAUGCUUCGUAUGCGGUUACCUCCUUCUAAUCAGUAUAUGGGGCAGGCUCAACCACAAGUUCAAAAUUUUCAGCCGAUGCAAAGGCAGCAAAUGUAUAGACAGCAAAUGCAGACGCCUGGAAUGCAAGCUGCCAGUCAAGGUGGACAAAUGUUUCCUGGACAACAGCAACAGAUGUAUCCCCCUAACAUGCAACAGCAAGGGAUGAAUCAAAAUUAUGGUGGAUAUGGAGGAGGAGGGGCAACUAUGAAUACUGGUAUGUUUCCGGAUCAGGGUAUGAUGAGGACACCUGAAUACCAACAGCGGAUGAGGCCGCCUUAUAUGCCCCAAGCUCCAAAUGUUACUAUGAAUUCGAUGGGAGGACCUUUAAGUCAACCUGCACCUCCCUAUACUAGACCGCAACAACAACAGCAGCACUUUAAUCAGCAACAGCUCAACCAGAGAAUGAGGCACCAGUUGAUGGCAAUACAGCAACAGCAGCAGCAACAAGGACAGGCCCAAAAUUCAAAUACCCUUGUACAACAGUUGCAACGACAGAUGCAAAGCCAACAGCCCAAUCAGCAAGCACACAUGUACCAGCAACAACCGCCACCGUAUUAGUAAUUUAAGCCUGACUAAAUUGUUAUAUUAUUUUAAUAUUUUCUGAGAUUAACGGAGAAGUAUUAAUGAUUAUUUUCACUCAGAAAUAGUUUUAUAUGAAUUUUCUUUUCAUAUGUAAUAUAAUAAUAUAAUUAGGCCAAUUUUUCAUUAAUAGGUUGAUGUGGUUGUAUCCUCUAGAGGAAUACAUUGUUACUUUUAAAUUAAUGUUGGUAAUGCUAUUUUGAAAAUAUUCUUUCUUCGUGUCUCUUCUAUUUGUGUUAUUUUUCUUAUUUCAAUUAUUUAAUUGUUAUUUUGACAAUAACAAUAACACUUCUUCAAAUUAAGUAUAAAAUCAUUAAUUGUUUUUGAAUAGACCAAUCAUUUUGAAACAUAUACUUUCUUAUUCACUAAUAAUUAAUAAGGUUGGAAUAUAUAUGUAUAUGUUUGUAUACAGAUUUGUAUAGUUUUAGCAUUGUUCAUCAAAUUGUUUUCAUUUUUUUUUUUUAUCUGUGAUAUUAUUGAUAAAUUCAUAUAUUGGUUCUGUUAUGUCUGCGUAUUUUUAAUUUCAUAGAUCAUACCAUAAACAAUCAAUAAUCGGUUGAUGAAAUUAUCUUAAUUUUAAUUCAAUGAAUUUAGUUGUGCUAAUGAAUUUUAUGUCUGUUUCUACAUUACUAUUAUUUUGUUAUGUCCGUCAUUUAGACAUUACAAUCAUUUGUAACUCAAUGGUCAUCAAAAAACAUAAUGUAAAUAACCUAUAAGCCUUAAAAUAAUUGUAGUAUGAGUUUUUUAAAUAAUUAAAACAUUUUAAUUCAUGAAUCCUUGAUAUCAAUGAGCUGUUCAUAUCAUAUUUAUGACUAGUUGGAGCUAAUAAUGAGAGCUUGUUCCAAAUCCAUGAUGUUUAUAAAUUAUAAUUUCUAUAUUGCUUUCUAGCCUGAAUUUAAUAAUUGCUUAAACUCGUAGUUGACAAUGGAAUUAAGUACAGAAAUACAAUCAGUAUUCAAACAAUAAUACUACUAAAAUAUGGCCUAGGCAGUUUCUUCUAAUGCGUCACAAAGAGAAAAAAUCCAGCCUUUUUAACAGUUAACGAUAAUGUUUGUCUCAUGAAAAAUAUUUGAGUAAUAAUAUUUAUAUUUUAUUUAUUUAUUUAUUUUUGUUUGUGUUUUUAAAAAUAUACCUCCUCUUUUUUUUUUUUUUUCCAUUUUUGGAACAAUAUUUUCUUCUAAAUUUUAUGUCAUUAAUUUUAAACAGGUGAGAACUUGAAUUCUUUGCUGAAUGUAACUAACAUAAUCAUCAAAUUUUAUAUUUUAUUUAAUUGCUAAAGAUUUUCAAAGACACCUUUCCAUUCUAUUUUCGUUUCAUCUAUAAUUUAACUUAUUAUAUUAAGCAUGUGAAUUUUUAUUCCUUUUAUACGUACUUUUAUGCAUUCAUAAUUGUUAGACAUAGGAUAUUUUGUUUUCAGUAUAUUUAUAAUUAAUUUUUAAAUGUAUGUAUUGUAGGUUUUACAUUAAUUAAUUUUAAUGUUAAAAGUCUGAAAAUUUUUCUUUAGUUUUAGUAUUAUUUCAUCUGUGAAAGCUCAGGAAAAGUCUUGUACAUACAACCAAAGCACCCUCUUAUUUUUUUGUUUUUGUAAAUAUAAAAUAUAUUUAUCAACUGUAAUUAUAGUGCAACAUGUUGAAAGGUACAAAUCCAUAAUUAGUUCUUAAUAUGUUAUAAAUAUUGUAUAUUUUAAAAAUAUAUAUACAUAUAUUAUAUAUAGUUAAAAUCAUUACCUUAUUUUAUAUAUAUAUAUAUAUAUAAAAACCUUUUAAAUUUGGAUUCUUUGUUAUUGUUUUUAUAAUUGCUAUUAUUCCUGAAUCAUAUUAAAAUUUUCUUAAAGUUAUUGUUCAAUAUCAUUAAUACUACAGAUGGCUGAUUCAGCUUAAUCUGAUUAAUUUCAAAGGUAUUUUGUAAUUAUAUUGAAAAAUAAAUACUCUGUAUCAUCCAACAAUUUUUAGUUUAAUAAUAAAUGAACUCAUAUU